AUGCGCCGAACACAAACUGUUGAGACCCUGGGUUUUCCCGUUCUGACGGGCGGCGCGGAGCUGGGUGCGAGGCUCUGGCGGUACCGAGCGCUGCCGCCGUGCCCGUCACGUUCCGGGCCCCGGAGCGGAUCGCUCCCGCUCGGCCCGGGGACCGAGGGGCACCAAGGCUGGAACAGGCGGGGACCGAGCGGGGAUCGAGGGGGGGAACGAGACGGGACCGAAGGAGGGAGCGAGGCCCGGCCGGCUCCGCCGCCCCCGGGCCGGCCCCGCCCCGCCUGUCGGGUGCCGCGGUUGCCCGGGCGAGAACUGAACUCGCAGAGCUUUGCUCGGGCCCUGCGAGCCGAUGCUGAAUUAGGUUUGAAGCUGCUUCCUUCUAAGUUCCUGAAGGAGAAGUUUCUCAAUGUGAAGGAGGUGGCCAGCACUGGGGCGAGUUUUCUGCCCAAAAUUGGCCCAUUUCGACACAUGAGUGAGACUUGUCAAAAGUUGUUGCCAGUUCCUCCGAUAGAGAGCUUGCUCCAAGUUUCCCCACCAGAGAUGGUAUUUCAGAAAUUCGUCGCUCAUGAGGUCUCGGAAAUGGUACUGUCUCUCACAAACAAGGACAAGUUUACUCGGCUGGUGAAGGUCUACAUGGAGAGAUCACCUUAUUUCGAGCUGUUGUGCCCCAAUGAUGCAUACCGCAUCAUCCCACCAGGCACAUCUUCCCAUGUGCGCAUCCGCUUCACCCCCGACGAGACCAAGGAUUAUUCCCACGAACUCAUCUGUCUCACUGCAAGGGACAGGAUAGUUGUGCCUAUUCAGGCCAUUGCUGCCCAAGCUAUCCUGGACUUCCCUGACCAGCUGGACUUCUCAGAGUGCCCAGUCAAGUACAGCAGCCAGAAGACUCUGCUGGUUCGCAAUGUUGGUAACGUGGAAGCUCAUUACCAGCUGAGCACCCAGAGUCCUUUCUGCGUGAUUCCAGACAGGGGAACUCUGGCCGCUGGUGACACCAUGCAGGUGACAGUGGGAUUUCACCCGCUGACGGUCGGUGACCAUUCCGGGUCCCUGGUAGUGUGCUGCAACACAGGUGAGUGUAUCUGCACAAACCUUCACGGAGAAGCUGUAGAUGUCAACGUUGGGUUGAGCGCCAAUUCCGUGAAGGUUGAGAACACUUUCAUCACCACAUCAAACUACACAACCGUGCUCAUCGAAAACAGGAGUAACAUCACAGCCCACUUCCAGUGGAAGACUUUUCCUACUGAGGAAGAUGAGAAUAAACUGAAGAGAAGGCAGUGCUAUUUUCUGCAGCCACUGACAGAGGUAUCGCUGGAAAACUUCAUUGAGGAGAAGAAUAUAGAGCAGGAGAAGGGCUAUUGUGAAGAUAAAACUGCCCUUGUGAGCCACACAGUCCAGGAGGAGAUGGCAAAGGUGCAAGAAGACCCCAUGCUGUUCUCCGAUGACAUUUUUUCCAUUGAACCAGUGGAGGGAGAAAUUGGGCCGAACUGUUGCACCAAAAUCAAGGUGACCUUUAAACCUGUAGAAGCACUGGAGUAUCGAAGUGUGGCUUACUGCAACAUCUCAGGCCGAGAGAGCAGGCUGCCCCUGCACCUCAUAGGGGAAGGCCAAGGACCCUUCGUUGAACUCAGCUCUCAUACACUGAACCUUGGGAACAUUUUUGUCAACACCCCCUACGUCUAUGAGGUGAAACUGAUUAACCAAGCACCUAUUGAUGCUCCCUUCACCUAUAUCUGUACAACUGCAAACGUGGGCUACUGCUUCAAGUUUGCACCUGAGGAGGGCAUCAUUGCACCAGGUGGGAUCCAGACCAUCCAGAUCUCCUUCAAUGCCACCGUACUGGGGAGGUUUGAGGAAGAAUUCCAGUUCAGUGUGGCUGGAUCUCCUAUGCCUGCAAUCCUGACAAUCAAGGGACAUGUCUGUGAACCGACUGUACACUUCAACGUCGAUGAGCUCGACUUCGGUGACAUUUCCUUUGGCUUUCCCUACACCAUGACCUGUUGCCUCACUAACCCCUCCCCAGCAUCCCUGAGGUUCAAGCUCCGCAUGUCUGACGAUGGCACUCAGCCUGCUCAUGAAAAAAGAACUGGAGGAUAUCACACGUGGGUGACCCUGUGUUCCAACACCGUGAUGGAUUUCUGCCGGAGAAUGCUGGUGGACCUGGAGGGUAUUGGCAAUGGAGUGGCAUCAGUGACCAUCAUGGCCAGAUGUCUCGUUCCUGAGCUGCGAGUGUACCCUCACGUCCUGCUGUACGAUGAGUGCCGCCUCAAGGUGCCCUACGAGAGGAAGUUCCUCGUUGUGAAUAACACCGACCUUCCUGGCUGCUACGGGCUUAUUCCCCAGAAACGCAAGGAGGACACUCCUGUGUUCUACUCCAGCCCCAAACCCUGUGGGAUUGUCCAGCCUCACAGCAUUGAAGAGAUUCCAGUUAUAAUCGAAGUCCAAACAUUGGGCGAGCAUCGCACCAGUGUUCUUAUCAGCGUGUUUGGGGAUGAGAGAAACCCACGGGCCUGCAAACCCCACUGCUAUGUCAUUGAACCCAGAGAAGGAGUGAUCCCCGCUACGGGUGAUAUUCCUGUGACCAUCACAGCAACCUUGGAUGACACUGGGAUUUUUGCUGACACUAUUCAGCUUUUCAUUGGGAACAGCCUUUGGACCACCUUCAUGUUGCUGGCUGUGGGCACCGGCACCACAAUUGUCAUGGACAAACCAUUCGUCCCAGAGCUCAGCUUGGGACACCAGUUCAGGCUCGUUCCCUGUAUUUGUCGGUUCAAAGUAACAAACAGGGGCCACCAUUUCCAUCGGCUCUUCUGGAGUGUGGAAUGUCACAGCCCCCCUAAGAAGAAGGGCCAGAGCAUCCCAGCCCUCAGCAGCCCCCUGGCCGAAGAUGAUUGCCAGAGCCCCAAAGGCACCAGCCCCGUGUUUGGGCUGGAGCCACUGUCGAUGGAGCUGCAGCCAGGCGAGUCUGUGGACAUGGUGCUGCGAGGCUUCUCCCCCAUCGAGCAGACACUUGCCUGGGGAAAUGAGCAGGGGCCUUCAAGAAACUGGUUUAAGGCCACACGUUCCUGUGGCAGCACCACCAGCAGGACAGAGAAGAUAAUAGAAACAACCAUUACCUGCAAGUUUAUUGAUCCCUCCAUAGAAAUAUCAGCCAGACAAUUCUCUUUCUGGGUGGAGAAGAAACCCAGUGAUGAUGUCCUGACUCUGCAGUACAAGCCUUUGGCUUUAAAGAACACCUGCUUGUUGCCACUCGACCUUAUGCUGGACUUGGAGCAGCCGUUUCUGCUCUGCGAUGCGGACCAGCAGCCCCUCCCGGAUGGCCAGCCUGUGACAGUGGAUGUAGGACAGACCUGUCAUCUCUACAUUGCAUUUGACCCAUCUUAUAAACUGGAUUUUCAUAGCUGGAAGGAAGAGAAGGUUCUGAAGAUAAACAUGGUCAACGGCCAUCCUUAUGUGGAGUGUAUCACCCUUCAAGGAGAAGUCCACUUCCCCAAUCUCCAAAUCCAGCCCAGCAUUCUGGAGUUUGGCUGCAUCCUGGCUGGCACUGCAGAAGGGCGUUCUCUGGAGAUAACCAACUGCAGCCCACUGCCUGUCCAGUACCACUGGUCAUUCCAUUCAGACGGCCAGGUGAACAGGCUGAGGUCCCUGUUCAUAGUUACAUUAUUUUCCAGGCAUGAGCGUUGCCCACCUAAGUUCAAACCCCAACCACCAAAGGAGAAGAGAACCUGCUUGGAUUACUCGGCAUCUCAAAGGAGACGCUUCAAGAUUAGAAAUGGGGAGGACCCAGCCACAGCCCUCAGAGAAUCGCACCUCCAGCUACAGCUGCAGUUUGCUCCAAGGUGCUCUUCUGCAUCCAUUUCCACACUGAACAUCUCAAUCGUUCCUGUCCUCCAGGUUUUCAGUAUCCUGCCGCAGUCGGGUGUGCUGCAGCCAGGAGAGAGACAGAAGGUCUCCUUCAGCUUCUUUGGCCACCUCAACACCAUCGCCAGUGUCACGGCGCUGUGCCAUGUAGAGGGAGGCCCCACCUACGAGGUGGAGCUGACCGGGGAGGCCUCACGCAUCAGCUACGCCCUGAGCCUCCAGGAGAUCAACUGCGGCUUUCAGAUAUUUAAUGAAAUUCGUCACAGCACAGUCACCCUGGCAAACACUGGCAAGAUUAAAUUCAACUGGGUGCUAAAUCCUAGCACUGCAGAGCAACAUCUGCCUGGCGUGUUUCUGGUCAUCCCCCCCACUGGCUCCGUUGCACCUGGUGAGAAGCAAGUGCUGAAAUUCUCUUACAUGCCAGGAGUACCAGGAGCCUUCAGCAGGACUUUCCAGCUUAAAGUGGGUGACCUGGACCCAGAGAAUAUCUGCCUGAAAGGAGAAGCAUUCUUUCCUGUGAUCAGUGUGAACCUGCCCUGGAACAUCGAAGGAAAUGAAAAAUAUGAGAAGCUCAUAAAACCCCUGCAACAAUUCAGUCAGAGGAAUCAAUCAGUUGUUCAGAAGACUCAGAGUCCGAAGACUAAGGCCUUGAAGUUUCAGACUCCAAAGACUCAGACCCUGAAGACUCAGAACCUGAAGCCCCACGCACCUGGCUUUGGCACUGUAAUAGAGAUGAUGAUGAUGCUGAUAGAGGAGGCUGCCCUGGAGCUGCAGGAAAAGCUCCCAUCCCAUCCCCCAUACAGCAGGUUCCCUGACAAAAAGAUGCGCCAGAGUCUUGUCAAAGUUGAGCUGCCUGAAUAUGUGCUGGACAUGGGCACUGUAAGUAAGGGUUACACUGAGAGACGCACUCUGGUGAUCACCAACCCUGGGCAGAUCCCAGUGUCCUUCCAGGUCGAUGUAUCUGCCCUGCAGGACACAGGUUUCAGAGUGAAUCUGGACCAGAUGCAGGGUCUGCCUCACAGACACACCAUAAUGUUUGAGGUGUGCUUUGAAAGCACCCGCCGGCCAUGGGGUGAUGUGGAUGUGCUGCUGCCCAUAGAGGUGGCAAAAGGCCCCACGUAUAACAUCCACCUCCAUGCCACUGUGUUGGGACUGUCGCUCAACCUCUCCAAGAACAUGCUGCAGUUCUCUGAUACCCUCGUUGGGCAGUGCCAGAUUGAGACAGUCCAGCUCUACAACUGGUUCCAAAUACCCUGCAAGUGGUUCAUUACUGCCAUCAAGCCUGUCAGGAAGGACAAUCAACGCAAACGCAUUACACCAGCCAUGCGUCAGAAGCAGCAGGUGCUGGAGGAUGAGCCCUGUCCCUUUGAAGUGACGCCCUCCAAAGGAACCCUCAAUCCAGGAAGGUGGCAGAACUUACAAAUCCAGUUUACACCCAAGCAGGAGAGGUCUUACAAGAAUGAGCUGAAGCUUAACGUUUGUGGAAGCAUCAAUCAUUUAAAGCUGCACCUCUCAGGACAAGGUCUAGAGCCACGGUUGGAGUUCAGCCCCCCAGCACUCAGGAUGGGAUGGGUGCUGGUGGACAGUGAUGGGGUGGAUGCCACAGUGGUGGUGAAGAACCCAUGCAACUUCCCUGUUGAGUUUUACUCACUGGAUUUUGAUGAGCAGUACCUUGAGGAGGAGAAGAUCCUGUGGAUGGCAGCGGGGUCUGAGUACCAAAAGAACUUUCUAAUGCCUCCACGCACCGUGGGUGGGAUGCUGCCCCCAGAGGUGCUGGAGGACUGUGAAGCACAGAAGAGGCCGAAGGCUCAACAGGCAGAGCUCAAGGCCAUGGCAGAGGCCAAGGACAUGGCUGAGGCCAUAGACAAGGCAGCACCAGCAUAUCAUGGGGCUGUCACACCCUCUCCUGAGCCCAUGGUGGAAGUGACUGGGAGCCCUAUCUCUCAGGCUGUCAUGCGCCACCUGGGCAUCGACCCAUCUUCAGAGAGUUGUGAAGCACAGCAGGACAGAGGGAUUGUUGUUAUUGUCCAUGGGCCACCCCGGGCAGGUUCUUCCAAGGCCUGUCCCUGUAAUGCCUCGUAUGCAAGUGUCACCAAGCAGUCCUCCUCUCUCUCAGGAAAGACAGAGAUAGUGGCGGCCCUGUGUCACUAUUAUGACACUGCUCACUUGUCCAUUGACACCAUGGUGAAAGAGGCCAUCGCCAAUGAUCAGAGCCAAGCAGGGCGCCGCGCCCGGGAGCUUUGCACCAAGGCUGCCAUGGAGCUGAAAGGCGAAGACCAAGAUGAUGCUGGUAAAAAGCUUACUGCUCGGACCAAGAAUAAACAAGCCUCUGGAGAAAAAAUCAUCAAGAAAAAUGCCAAAGGCAAGAACAUUCCAGCACAAAAGAAAAAGGAGCCAGCCAGCAAAUCCAACAAAAAGCUGAACAUCGUCAGCAGUCAUGGGGAAAAGCUGAACUGCUUGAGCUGUGUGCUGCCCGAGGACCUGCUGGUGGACAUCCUAUGUGAGAGGCUGAAGCAUGAAGACUGCUCCAAGGGAGUGGUCUUUGAUGGCUUGGAGAGCCUCUUCACAAGCAGCCUGGAAUCUUCUCUGCUCUGUGUACUCAAAGCUGUUAACAAUCAUCAUCAUAUCUACAUAGUGAACCUGCAUCAGGAUUCCCCAGAGAAGGAAGAACCCAAAGCCCAAGGGAAGGAACAACCCAAAUCCCCAGAGAAGGGGGAACUCAAGGACGUAGAGAAGGGGGAGCCCAAAGCCCCUGACAAGCAGGAUACCAAAGCCCCUGGGAUGGGGGAAACCAAAGCCCAUGACAAGGGGGAAACCGAAAUCCCAGAGUACCCAGCUGAGAUGGAUAAGAACUUGAUCCAGAGGUUUCAAAUCUAUGAGUCAUCGCAGCAGGACCUCACACAGCUUUUCUCCUACGGUGACAAGGUUCAGGGUUCUGUGCAGUUACCCGUGAUCCAAAACAGAAAUACAUCCCUGCCUUCAGCUGAAAACAAAGGUCAGAAGACCUAUAAGUCUCAGGAGAAGGUUGAGAAGAAGCCUGAACAAAAAGGUGGAGGCCAAAGAAGUCUUCAGUCAUCUCAGCUGGAGACACAAAGUGAAGUUGCAGAAGGGACAGUCAGAGAUGAGCAUGUCAGGGUGCGGUGCUUGGACAUCCAGGUCACAAAUCCGAAGGCCAUGAUUAGGGAGAUCCUGAGGGAUGGGAGGCUGCCAACAAAAGAUGAGGUGACAAUGGCACAGAGCCUUGUCCAGGCCCCUGAUGAUGUUCCACAACGACUCCGUAGCAUCUUCAACUACCCAGAGGAGCGGUUGGGUUCUGCAGAGUGUGUGAAGCCCUUCACCAUUGUUGCACCGGAAGGUGCUGCUAUGGAAGACAAUCGGGCCAAGGCCCCAGAUGCCAAGGGCAGUUCUGCCGAGGGCCAACCAAAGACACAUAAAGCAACCAGCAGAGACAACUCUACAAAGGAGAACCAGAUCUCCACACACAGAACAGAAAGUCCCCAGGAUUCCUCUGCAACCAGAUCCAAAAGUGUGCUGAAAAGAGCCUCAACCCCCACAGAAUUCCACAGGCUGAAACGGUACCGAUGGAUAGUGCCUGACCACGGUGAGGUGGAACUGAAGGUCCACUUCUCCACCAAAAGGCCAGGGAAGUUUGAGCACACGCUGAGGUUUGAGCUCGUGGAGACAAAGCGCCAGUACGAGCUGCCCUGCAGUGGCACGGGCGUGUACCCCAGCAUCAGCCAGAACCCGCGGCUGGUGUUUCCACAGUGGAGGGAGACCAUGGAGGCAGAUGAAAUCAUCUUCAAGGAAUAUGUUGAGAGCACAAAGCAAUUCCACUUUGGACCUCUGCUGUGUGGGAAAUCAAGAGAGUGGUACAAGGCCCGGAACUGUCCCGGCAACUCAGAGAAUUUAACCAUCCUCAACAACUCCCCUGUGGAUGCAGAGGUCCAGUUCUCCUUUGAGAAUGAUGGGAAAGCAGUGACAUUCCUUUUGGACCCUCCCAGCAUGACACUCAAACCAAAGGAGAAGCAGGAGCUGACCAUUUGGGCAUACCCCACUUCCUCUGGCUUCCUGGAAGACAAACUCAUCUGCUGCAUUGAGAAGAACCCAGACCCAGUGGUUUUCAGCCUGUGCUGCCAUGGGGUGCACGUGAUGCUGGAGGUCAGCCCCCUGGAGCUGUCUUUUGACAAGCUGCUUCUGCACAGGACUGACAGCAGGACCUUGGUCCUGAAAAACAACACCCUACUGCCCAUGGCCUGGCAGCUCACUGGGCUGGAUGACCUUGUUGAGGCCUUCUCCUUGUCACAAGAUAACGGCAUCAUUGAUCCCCGCUCAGAGUUUGAAGUGACCCUGAAUUUCAAGGCCGAGCAGAUUGGCAGCAUUGAGAAGACCCUACGACUAGAGGUUUCAGAUACAUCAAACAUCCUGGGGAUUGUUCAGGCUGAAAACAUUGAGAUCUCUGCAGAGGUCUGUGAUGUUUCUCUGAGUAUCGACAUGCCUGAAGGUCCAGAUGGAAGCUUGGAAUUUGGAACCAUUCAUGUCCUGGAAAAUGUGAAGAAAGUCCUGAGUCUAAAGAACAAAGGGAUACACAACAUUGAGUACCGUUUUGUGCUGAAGAAUGCAGGUCCCAGGAUGCAAGAUUUGGCAUCCCACUUCACUAUUGAGCCUCAGUCGGGCAUGCUGAUUGCCUCCCAGCCUGGUGUGAAUGUUGAGAUGCUCUUCUACCCCACAAGGGAAAUGGUCGUCAAGAACAAACCCAUCCUGUACUGCCAGGUGACAGAUGCCAGCUCAGGGGAAGGAAGCCAGACUGUUGCCACCAUCCCAGUGAGGGUGUCGGCAAAAGCUGUGUACAGCAAGUACAGUAUUGAGCCUGCCUCACCCAUCAACUUUGGGGCCAUGCUCAAGGGCACCAAGAAGACCCAGACUGUCGUGCUGGAGAACAGAGGCAUGCUCAACUUCAAAUUCCACAUCCUCCAAGCACCCGAGGAUGCAUCUGCAUUGGAAAGCAAAAGCUCAAAGCAAGAGGAAUCCGCUCCACCAGCGACAAAGCUGAAAUCAAGCUCCUUGACACAGGGUUACCUCAGUCUUGGCAUGUUCACGGUGUCCCCCUGCUCCGGCUCUGUCGCUCCGUGGGGCCAGCAGAAGAUCACAGUGGAAUGCCUCGCAGGGCAGGAGGGGACAUGUGAGGAGCAGCUCUACAUUGACAUCAUGGGCAGAGACCCCAAGGACAAUCCCCUGGGCAUUCCCUUUACCCUGAUUGCCGAAUCCUGCCUCCCAGCACUUGUUGAGGAUGUCAUGUUAACCUUCGAGGAGUACCCGAUCUGCAGCAGCACCAACCUCAGCUGCAAGCUGCAGUCAGUCAAAGGCACGGGUCUGUUUGUCAGAGAAGAGAACAAAUUUGUCUUCACCAAGGUUCUGGUUGGGCAAGAGGCUGAAGCUCAUUUCAGUGUCUACAAUACAAGUGGUCUGCCAUGUGACGUGGUCCUCUCCAACAAACCCCUGCCUGGAAAGGAAAAAACCCCUAUCAACAACAUUUUCAAAUUGUGUCCAGACAAGAUGUCUGUUCCCGGCUCAUCCAAGGCCGUUGCUACAGUGACCUUCACCCCACCGGAUAAGCAGAACUACAGCUGUACUUUCAAGGCUUCCCUUGUCAUCCCAAAAAGCUCUGUGCAAAUUAAGCCCCAAACCCUGACCUUCACCAUCAGUGGGAAGGGGCAUGAGCCACAGGUGACAGUCGUGUGCCCAAGUGCUCGCAGCAAGAGGGGAAAUGCUGUGCUGCGCUUCAAGAGACUCCGGGUGGGGGAUACAGAGAUGCUCCCCCUGGUCAUCCGUAACAAUGGCAUCGUACCUGUCAAGUUUAUGUUACACCUGGAGGAUGAGCACGGAGCGUUCUUCUUGAAAGGCAGGGGCUCCACACUUGAGAGAUUCUACACUGAAGAUGUGGAAGAGGACUGCGUUGGAAAUGAGAGCAAGCCCCCAGAGAAGCCUUUCUUCUUUCUGCAUCAUGGGCAAUCGACAAAUAUUGACGUCAUUUUCAAACCCACCUUGACUCAACAUCUGGAAGGGAAGAUUUGUGUGUUACUGGAAGACAUCUACUCUAAGAAGACCCUAAUAGAGCUGGUGGGUGAAGGCCACAAGGAUGAAUUCACCCUUGAUGGACUAGAGGAAGACACAGAUGAGAGGAGAGCUAAGCGCAGUCUGAAGAAAGACAUCAUUGAUGCUGUCAGAUUGAAUCACAUCCAGUUUGGGGACUGUCCUGUCGGGAGGCCCUACCGCAGGACCUUCACCAUCACCAACCAUACCAGUAUGAAGGUCAUGCGCUUUGAGUGGGAGGCAGACGCCGCAUUCCAGUUCUCCCCCAAGAUGGGACACCUCCAUCCUGGCUAUGCCAAGGACAUCACAGUCACCUUGAAAUCAGAUGUCCCAGCCACCUUCAGGAGGCACCCUGUGAAAUGUAAGGUGAUCAAGACCAACUCUGAGCUACCACAAAGGAUGGUUCAGGAUUGGGAGGACCGAAUGUGCAUUGUCACAAUGGAGGAUACCACCAGGAAGGACAUGUCAGCCAGCUGGCCUGAGAAAGAGAAGAUGGUCCAGACAGCCCCAGAACCAGAACCGGCACCGGCUUACACUGUGGAUGAGAGCAUCCAGGAGGCCAAGGUGUACCUCAGUGCUGUUGUUGGCUACACUGAGUUCAAACGGAACCUGAUAGUGGUUCAGCUCAAGGAUACCUUGCCCAACCAGACAAGGAAAGACAUUUUCAGGAUACACAACACAGGAAAUAUAGCCCUGGAAUACAGCUGGAUGGAAGCUGCAGAUAGUAAAGCAGUGAAGAAACCAUACUCAACCACUCUGAUGCAUGACAUCAAAGACCUGCCACUGUUCUACAUCAACCCCUGCCACGGCAUCAUCCCUCCUGGCCAAAAGCAGAUCUUUCACAUGCUGUUCUCCCCAAAGCACGCGGGGAAGUUUAGGACCACCAUACUCUUCAGGACUCAUAAGCUGAAGCCGGCUCUGAAGAAGGUAGAGGUGAUUGUGAAAGGCAGAGCCCAGGAGCAGGAGUGUCUUGAUAAACCAAAACGCUCUGCGUUACGGCAGACAGACAAAGGCCAAGGACCCAAGAAGCAGGUGCACUGGAAACUAACACCUGAGUGA